GGCAAUCGCGCGCCGUACGCAGCACGUUUUUCGUAGUCUCGCUGCCGACCGCCGUCGAUCAUCUAUCCCCGCUCGCAUUCCCUUGCGGCACGAUGGCUGCAGUGUUUGACAUUUAUUCUUCGGACUCGGAUGAGCCGCGGCCCAACAUGUCGGCUUUCUUGAAUCGCAGACGAUAUUAUUCGAAAAGAAAUGCGGCAAACAUGACUGACUUCGAUAAAAAGAACGAAUUAAGUUUAUCCGAACAGAUAAAUGAUUGGAAUAUCUUAAGAACCUCUAUCGAAUCUACAGUACAAAAGUUAAACCCAGGCAAUAUAAGGUACACGUGUACAAAAUUGUUUGAAUUAAACAUUAUACGUGGUAAAGGCCUGCUGUGUCGGGCUAUUAUGGGAGCACAAUCGAAUUCACUUCAAUUUACACAUAUUUAUGCAACUUUGGUUUCCUUUAUCAACUGCGAAUUUCCUAACAUAGUAGAAUUGCUUCUGGUGCGAUGUGUUUGCUUAUUUACCAAUGCCUACAAAAAAUGCGAAGAAGAGAAUAAGCAUGUACCGCCGGUGAUAUUCAUUGCACAUUUAGUGGAUAACAAUGUUGUCAAAGACUGGUUGGUAUUAGACAUACUAAAAGUGUUAAUAAAAACUCCGAAUUUAAAUGCAAUUUCCAUGGUUGACAAAAUUAUGAAAAUAUGUGGUAAAAAAUUGAAUUCGAAUCCACACAAUAAACUGGACUUAAAAAACAUUUUUGAUACUUUGCAAAAUAUUUCGGAAGAUGAACAGAUCGAUAAAUCGGUCCAAUGUUUAGCAAAAGUUAUUUUAUUGACAAAAAUAAAUUACUCCGAAGACGAACCGGAGUUUUAUUUAGUAAAUCCUAAUAAACAAUUCAGUCAUUCAUUGCAUUUAAAUCAUAAUUAUAGUCCACAAUACGAACUAGAUUUUUUCGUGUAUGAUCUAGACUUCAAAUCUAAUGAAAUAAUUUAUAAAACUUAUGCCAAGCAAAUAUUAAAGUUAAAAAGUAAAGUUUACUAUUUUGCAAACAAUGAUAUUGAUGAAAUGGCUGAUGAUGAAGAUGAUUGUGAGGCAGAGACAAACAUGUUAUCAGCAAUUGAUAAUGUAUCAAUAAAAAAAACUAUUAGUCUACUAGUAAAUUUGAAAUUACCUCCAUCUGAGAUUGCUCAUGAAUUAAUGCAAUUUAAAUCGAUACCGAGUGAAGAAUUGGAGCUGUGCAUUGAAUAUGUGGAAUGCUGCUUUGAAAAUAGUGCUGUCUACAAUAAGAUUUUUGGAGAUAUCAUACAAAGUUUUUGUCAAAUAAACCCUUCUAUAGUGGAUUCAAUAGAAUUGAUUUUCAAACGUUGUACGCCCGUCAUUCAUCUUGGCAACCCGAACAAACUACAAAACCUCGCCAAAUUUUUUGCCCAACUUCUAUGUUCAGAUUCAAUUUCUUGGAAAGUAUUUUCAGCUGUAUACCUGACUGAAUAUGAAGUAACUUAUUCUGGCAGAGCAUAUUUAAAGGCGUUGUUCAACGAAUUGAUUUCACUUAUGGGACGAGAUGAUUUAAAAAAACGUAUUCUGGAUCCUUCUCUACAAAGAUCAUUCAGUGGAUUAUUCCCGUUAAAUAAUCGCGAUAAUUAUCGACUUUGCGUUCAUUUUUUCUCGGAUAUUGGUUUGUAUGACGUAGUUGUUGGAUACAAAGAAUCUUUAUCACAAGGCGUUGCCGUUUAACUAUUCUUUACGACUGAAGACUUUUUCCUAUUGAUUGCAGUGAGAGCAAUCCUAUCAAUUAUAC